AUGGGUCGUGGAAGACUAUCAAUGGAGCUAAUUCAGAAAGAAAAAGCUAGGAAGACAACAUUUGUAAAGAGAAAGAAUGGAUUAAUGAAGAAAGUGGACGAGUUCUCCACUCUUUGUGGUGUUGAUGUUUGUUUAAUUAUCUAUGGCCCCAACUUUGAUGGUCAAAGACCCACCAAACCUGAGACAUGGCCCCAAGACACCGACCAGGUACGCCGAAUCAUUCAAAAGUACCAUAACACAACAAGUGAUAGACCUCCUAGGAUCUAUGAUAUUGAAAAGUAUUAUAGAGAUAGGGUUAAGAAAGUUGAAGGUGAGAUUUCUAAGGUGCACAAGGAGAAGGAGAAGCUUAAGCCCAAGAUCACAUAUCCUACUUGGGAUACCUCAUUCAAUGAUCUUAGGGAAGACCAACUGAUAAUGUUUGCUCGAAUUUUGGAUUCUAAGAUUGUGUGUUGCAAUCAAAGAAUCAACAUGCUAAAGCAAAAUCCCAAGGGAAAAGCAAUAAUGGUAGAAUCAAAAGACAAUGUUGAUGAGAAUGUUUUUGCUACUCUUUACUUGGCUUCAUCAAACCCUAGUAGCUACCUUAAUUUUAUGCCAAACAAGUCUCAGCAAGCACAGUUUAUUCCUCACCUUCCCAUGACACCCAUUAUUGAUUAUACCACCCAAUUACCAUUCUACCCUUCGCAAUUAGGGGGAAGUUCAUCACAAUCUUCCACUCUUCAUUUUGACCAAAAUAGUAUGCAACUUAUGGGAAAAAAUGGGACUUUGGAUUGGAAGCAACCAGUUGGUACUUUUAGCACUCAUGAUAUACAAGUUGAUUUUCUAAAUUACACUGGAGAUGGAAGCAACAACCAGAACUCUUCAUCGCCAUGCUAUUACAAUGGGAAUAUACAAUCUGUGCAUCCAUAUAGUUUUGCUCUACCUCAAUACGAAGAUGUGCCUCCUGAGUUUCAAGUUAAUGGACUCUGA